GACCAGCAUCCAGGGCACUUCUCAGAGAGAAGGAAAACCUGGGAGGGAAGAACCUGGAAAACAGGACACAGGCAUCUUUGAAGUUAUUUAGGCAAAAUGAAGCUGACCCUGGUACAGAUCUUUUUCAUAAUGUUGCUGCUCCUGCUGGGCCUGGGGGUAGGCCUGGGGCUGGGACUUCAGAUGGCCGCAGCAGUCCUGGAGGAAAGUGAUCAGCUACUGAAUGAGUUUCAGUCCAGUGACUCACAUGACAAGGCUGAAGCCACUAGGGAGGGAGCGGGCACCCUUCGAAGCAUAGAAACCCUUAGCAACAAAGAAGUGGUGCAACUGGAAGAGACCAUCGUCAGUGAAGAUGAAGUUGGAGGAAACAAGAUGCUCAGAGCUGAGGCUCUCUUUCAGAGCAACAAAGACUAUCUGAGGUCUGACCUGAUGGACAGGGAAUGCAAUGCCCUGAUGGCACAGAAGAUGAAGCCGCACAACCACACAUGCAUACCCCGGUACAUAUUCAUCCAUGAGGAACUAGAGGCAGUCAAAGCUGUCUGUAAGAGUCCUGUUGUUGCCUGUGACCUCAAGGGAGGCAAGUGUCACAAAAGCUCCCGUCCUUUUGAUUUGACAAUCUGCAAGUUAUCCAAACCAGGCCAAGUCACUCCUCACUGUAAUUACAUAACUUUCAUUCUUGAAAAGUACAUUUUUAUAUCCUGUAGUGACAUGAAAGUCCAGGUAACAUCUGGACCAUGAAGUAAGUUCUCUUCUCAUCUUUGUC